CACACACACAGCAGUCAAGGCUUUUGCUUUAACAUGACCAGGGCCACGAUCAAAACAAGCCAUGCAUUUCCAUGCAAAACGUGCUUCCGACCUGCUCACGCUUUGCACCGUGUUUAAAGAUGGCUCGGUAGUGAAAGCAAACGACUUCUAUCGCAUUUCUAUCGCUAAUGAACUCAUCUCGUCAUAUUUGCUGCUUAUUUUUUAUUUUCCUUAAGGACUAAGUAAAGCGCGACAGUGGAGUAGAAAUGAAAGCCGAGUCCAGGCCUAACGCUGCUGUUCGUGUUAGUAGCGCCGCUUUCUGUAGAUCCGGCUUUCACAAAUCGCCAAAAAGUGACUCCUCGGCUUCCCCUGUGACCGGAUACCGGAUGCUUUUGUCUUGACCGAGCUGUAAAUGGACGAAGCCAUGCCAACAUGAAUCGGUCAUAUAAACUGGGCGCCAAGAACGGCUCGGAAUGCCACCCGAGCCCGCAGUGUCCGCAGGUCACUUCCUGCGGACUCCAGCACGGCGCAAAGCACUCGUCCUCGUUUGGAUACAGCCAAAGGGAAUCAUCCUCCAGCUACAGUCCACUCAGGAAGCUGCAGGACCUAACGGCUAUGGUGAGCAGGCCUGAUAUGAGCUUGCAGGACAGGGACUUCCACGGACGAACUAAGGCACAUGUGCGCAGCUCAGAGUUUGGCCUCGGCCUUGUCCAACCCUUCAACCGUGGUGCUGAUGACGGCAUGUUCAGAAACGUCCAAAAUCUGGACAAGAACGGCUUUUCCCCUGUGAGCACGGACAGCGUGGAGCACAUCUCCCCAAUCCCUAACGGAUUCCUGCAUUUUGAAUCAAGCCUCUUUGACAGUGGGGACAGUAAGGAUGACCAUGAGGAAGAGGAGCGUGUGAUGCCGUUCAAACCUUCGGCCAAAACAUGCCAGAAACGGGACUCUGUGAAUACAAAGAGCUUCUCUGGUUCACGGUUAAACCUAAGCUUGAACAGACAUGAAUAUUUUGGCCCAGUUUCAAAAAAUACUCCACAGCCAGCACCAGACCCACCUCCGAGUCCACCUCCGCUGCCUGUUGAAGUCAUGCUAAGGGAUUUUGACAGUUCGGAUGGCUACUCGGAUAGCGAUUGUGGCCUUCCGAGCACUGAAAACUGCGCAUCGAUGUUCAACGUAGGCCUUUCUCAAAGGCCAAGCUCACCUAGCAGCACCUACUCGGAUCCUGUAAGCGCCAUAUAUGUCUCGUCCGACAGCCCAAAGAAGAAGCCUCUUCCAGAAGUGAAGUUUACCGUGGGUGAUGUGGUGUGGGCCAAGUUUAAUCGUCGGCCUUGGUGGCCCUGUCGCAUCUCCAUUGACCCCCGGAGUGAAAGCCACACCAGGAUGAAAGAGCCCAGCAGCAGGCCAUGCCGAAUGUAUUUCGUCAGGACGUUCGGGGAGAUCGUGGACCAAGCAUGGGUUUCUGGGAAAGCCACGUAUGCUUUUGAAGGAGGACAGCAGUUUGAUAAACUUCCUGUGCUCAGGCGGCGAGGGAGACAGAGAGACAAGGGUUACAAAUACAUGGUUCCAAAGCGCUUGAUGCCUCUAUGGAAGGCCAGUGUGGUGGAGGCAGAGGCAGCUCUGCCCGAGUAUCUCAGGAGUAAACUACAACUUCCUUCAGUCAGAGAGUUACACUCUCCUGUCAUGGAGGAAAGGACUUCCACCUCUCCGACCUUCUCCGACCUUCAUCUGUCCUCUCAGAGUCCAGUUUUCUCUAAUGGACACAGUUUUCCUGCCGUCGGUUCACCCAAAACUACGGAAGGAAGCAAAAAGAAAUCAUCGACUAAAAAGAAAAACAGCUCGUUGCUGAAAGGUCCUGGUAAAAUCAAAGACGAGUUCUCCAUUCGGAUGUCAAGUCCCACACUGGACAUUUUUAAACCUCCUGCUGCUCCUGCAAAUGAUCCGGUGUCUGACUCCAGGGAUUGCCCUUACUCGGACAUCGAUUCAGUUCCCAGGAUACUGUGUCCCAAACGCCUGGAAGAGCAACUCAAAGAGGGGUCAGAUAAAGAACACUGUGCUGAACCAAAGGCAGAACAUGUGAAUAAAAAAGCGAAAAAAGUUCGCAAGACGGAGAAAGAAACAGCCUCUUUGCCAAAACACAAGCCGAACAACAAGUCUACAAUCAAAAACAAAAGGUACACCACUUCAAAUGGUAGGAGUUUGGGUAGCACUUUGCCAGGAUUAUCAGACGGCACAUUUGAGAUGCACUCUUUCUACUUGCCAGCGAGUUCUGGCCUCAUGUUCCGAGCCCUUGCAAGGUAUGAGAAAUUCGAAGAGAAGAAUGAUCUUGACUCCAGCCAUGAAUCCCAAUCAUCUUCUCCAUCUCUGUCUGAUGAGCAUGAUUCGUUUUCUCCCACCCUGGACAUAUCUGAGAGCACAGAACACCAAUGGCAAGUAAAAACUGAACUCAUUGCUGAUCCGACUCACCCAGUGUCUCAGUGUUGCAGAGGCUCCCCAAACCCGACUUUGCUCAAGUUAACAAGAAUCCGGUCCAGCAAGGAACCCUCUCAGAAUGAGUUUCAACUAAAGAGUAAAGAUUCCACUGUUGGGCCUUCAGAAUUGCCAGUUACUAGUUUAAAAAUCAAGAAAGAAUCAAGCAUUUCAUGUUCCUCCUCCUCCACUGUUUCAUCCCCAUCGCCUUCACCCUUGGAGGCUCUCCGGGAGCCUAAAGACCUCUCUUUACAUACUCUGGUGAAAGAUGAGUCUGGUUCAGAUGAUCACAACUCCAAGUACAAAUUCACCACCUACCUUAUGUUGUUAAAGGACUUGCAUGACACCCGGGAGAAGGAGGGACAGCCUCUGACGCUGCCCCCCACCUCUCCAUCUACCCUUAUCAAGCAAGAACCCUCACUCCUGCCCACACAGCUCCACCUUGAGCCCGCAAAUCCUGACAUGGUUCACAAGAAUGAUAAUCAGACUCCUGGGGUUCAGAACGGGCUGCAGGGGAAAACCGCAAGCAGCCUGAAGCCAAACAAAUCUAAACCUAAAUCUAUAGGAAAAAAGGAGGCUCAAAAACAUGACUGCCCGAGCAAUUUGCUUCCUCUGGUUUCAGACCUUAAGAAACCGAACUUGCUAGAUGUGGUCGAUGCAAGAGCAGCUCCAAUUGAGAAGCUGUCAAAAUCCCAAACAGAGUCUGGCCUUGAUAGCAGUGGGAAGGGUACGAUGUCGGCCGUGGCGCCGAAGAAGCGCUGGCAGACGUUUGAUGCUGAGAUCGAGGAGAGGGCAAAGCCAAAGCAUGAUCAGAGCAGUCUGCUUGAGCAGGACAAGGUCAUCCCUCCUGCCAAACUCAAUGGAGUAUUUGAGGAGAGCCACCAAAGCCCUCAGGUCACUGCUCUGGAGAGGAAGGAUAGCUCUGAGAGCAAAAGGCUUCGGAAGCCAAGCAAGAGGCUGAUCGAGUGGAGCGAGGAUUAUGAGACGUUCUUCACUACAAAGAAGAAAACCAAGAAAACCCCCGAGUCCUCUAAAACAGCAUCUUUAAUUAAUAACACUAAUAUUGGCGAGCAGACCCAAAAACCUGCACUAGCUGAUGGUGCGAACUCAGAAGCAGGUCAGCCGUCUGAGGCUUGGAUACCCGAACGGCAGCUUGCUCAGAAUGAAGCAGAUAACAUUCUUCCUUCCCCACCUUUAUCAACGCCCCAGAAAGCUCCCAUGGUCGACUCAGAAUCCGUUGAAAAGAAAACAGCAUCUUCGGAAAGAAAAAAGCCAAGGAAGCCCACGCAUAAAAUGCUGGACUCUGCUUUUGAGAACGAGGUUCUCAGGAUCCCAAAGAAGAAAGAGUCGAAGGAACAGGGUCAAUGGUCAGAGGAAGCAGUGGUCAGAGAUUUUCAGAAUAAUGAAGUGCCUGGAACCACUCUGUCCGACGCCCUGUCUAAAUCAGGUAUAACACCCAGACCGGGUGAUGCACAGACGCCCUUAGAGCAGCCUGCAACGCCCAGCGUCUUCCAGAGCCACAUAGCAGCAGAGAACUGCAGUCCAGCUGAGCCCAAAACAGCCGAGCAGAAACCAUGUGACAACGCAGGAUCUUUAAACGCAGAGGUGUUUGUUCCCGCACUGAAUGAGGGGAUCGUCCAGGCCAGAGAGUCACUAACUGCUGAAACAGCUCUGUCUAACAGUAAAAAGGUAUCAGAGAAAGGAGGAGGCGCCUCGCUGAAGGAGAACGUGUGUCAGGUGUGUGAGAAGACAGGCGAGUUGCUGCUGUGUGAGGGACAGUGCUGUGGAGCUUUUCACUUACAGUGUAUCGGCCUCAACGAGACCCCCAGAGGACGCUUCAUCUGCCAAGAGUGCACUAAAGGUGUGCACACAUGUUUCGUGUGUAAGAAGCCAGGCGAGGACGUCCGCCGCUGUAUGAUCCCAGUGUGUGGGAAGUUCUACCACAUGGAGUGUAUAAUGAAAUCCACCCCCACGGUGCAACAGAACCGAGGCUUCCGCUGCUCUCUCCACGUCUGUCUGUCCUGCUACAUCACCAACCCAACAAACCCCUCCAGCUCAAAGGGUCGACUGACCCGCUGUGUGCGCUGUCCGGUGGCGUACCAUGCAAAUGACUACUGUAUGGCCGCUGGCAGUAUUCCACUGGCCAACAAUAGCUUCCUGUGUCCCAACCAUUUCACCCCACGCAAAGGCUGCAAGAACCACGAGCAUAUCAACGUCAGCUGGUGCUUCGUCUGCUCUGAAGGGGGCAGUUUGCUGUGCUGCGAAUCCUGCCCUGCUGCCUUCCAUCGCGAGUGUCUGAAAAUCGAGAUGCCCAAAGACAGCUGGUACUGCAAUGACUGUCGUGCAGGCAAGAAACCCCACUACAAGGACAUCCUGUGGGUGAAAGUGGGCCGCUAUAGAUGGUGGCCAGCAGAGGUGACUCAACCCAAGAACGUACCCGAGAAGAUCUCACGCUUGAGGCACGAGGUAGGCGAGUUUCCCGUCCACUUUUUCGGCUCCAAGGACUACGUGUGGACGUACCAAGCCCGCUGCUUUCCCUAUAUGGAGGUUGAUGCCCACAACAAGGAGAAAAUGGGCAAAGGCACAGACGCUAUCUACAAGAAAGCUUUAAACGAGGCUGCUGAGCGAUUCCGAGAGCUUCAGGCAGAGAAGGAGAUGAGGCAGCUUCAGGAAGAUAGGAAGAACGACAAGAAGCCUCCACCAUACAGACACAUUAAGGUGAACCGACCAGUAGGGAAGGCGCAGAUCGUGACCGCAGACCUAUCGGAGAUCCCGCGCUGUAACUGCAAGGCCACAGACGAGAACCCAUGUGGCAUGGACUCAGAGUGUAUAAACCGCAUGCUGAUGUACGAGUGCCACCAGCAGGUGUGUGCAGCAGGAGAAAGGUGCCAGAACCAGUGCUUUACCAAACGCGAGUACACUCCAGUGGAGAUCUUCAGAACACUGUCACGUGGUUGGGGGCUCCGUAGCAUCAGUGACAUAAAGAAAGGUGCGUUUGUGAUUGAAUACGUGGGCGAGGUGAUCGAUGAGGAGGAGUGCCGCACCAGGAUCAAACAUGCUCAGGAGAACGACAUCAGCAACUUCUACAUGCUCACGCUAGAUAAGGACCGCAUCAUUGACGCAGGGCCGAAGGGAAACCAGGCACGCUUCAUGAACCACUGCUGCCAGCCCAACUGUGAGACUCAGAAAUGGACAGUGAAUGGAGACACGCGAGUCGGGCUCUUCGCCCUCGUGGACAUUCCUGCAGGCGUGGAGCUCACCUUCAACUAUAACCUGGAGUGUCUGGGGAACGGCAAGACGGUGUGUAAAUGCGGCGCGUCAAACUGCAGCGGCUUCCUGGGGGUGCGACCAAAGAAUCAGCCCCCGUCGGAGGACAAGGCCCGCAAAGGAAAGAAGAAGAUGUCUGCAAAGAGGAAGAGCCAGCUCCAGGUAGUGAAGGAGCGUGAGGAUGAGUGUUUCUACUGCGGCGACGGCGGGCAAAUUAUCUCCUGUAAGAAGCCUGGCUGCCCCAAAGUUUACCACGCCGACUGUUUGAACCUGUCCAAGAGACCCGCAGGUCGCUGGGAGUGCCCGUGGCACCAGUGUAACGAGUGUGGCAAGGAAGCGGCAUCGUUCUGCGAGAUGUGCCCCAGUUCGUACUGCAAGCAGCAUCGUGACGGCAUGCUCUUCAUCUCCAAGCUGGACGGCAAGCUCUCAUGCAGCGAACACGACCCGUGUGGCCCCGACCCCCUGGAACCCGGAGAGAUUCGCGAGUACAUCCCGAGAAUGCCUAUCUUAUCUAAUGCAUCCAAGUGCAUCCUAACCCCGCCCACCAGUGACCUCUACCUCCCCCCCGCCCCCAAAAGAGCGCCCUACGGCAGCCAGCGAGUGCCCUUCGAGGACGAGGUAGUGUUGGACGGAGACCUGCUUCCUGCCUUUUCUCUGUCGAAAGAGGUGAAAGAUGGCAUCAUGGCCGAGGUAGAGGACGGAGAGGUCAUCGAAGGGAUGAUUGGGGGCGAGGACGUGGGCCUGGAGGUCAUCGGAGAUGAAGACGAGGACGGGGAGAUGGACGACGACGAAUUUGAAGACGACGACGAAGUGGAAAAGGAGUGGGAUGAGGACGCGCAGUAUGACGAUAGCUGCGUGGACGAAUACAUUGACGCCGACGGUUUCGAGGACGAGUCAUACAGGGGGAAGUGAGCAAUUUGUUUACUAUCCAUCCGUUCAUCCAUGUAUACAUCAGACACGCCCUCGCCUCGCUCGCUCACUAGACGGCCUCGGCCAGCGAGAAGUGCCAUUUCUCUGUUAGUUACACUUUGUAGCCUGUCGGAACGAAGCAGGGAAUCUGAUCUCAGAUCAGCGCUCUUAUCUGGAGGGGCUCGGAGAUCAGCGAACGCACUCGAAGCGGGAUGCAAAGCAACUGUUUUUGACUCUGACGUUUUGACACGGGCAACGUGCUGUAAUCGGGACAGAAGUCAGCUCGCCUUCUUGACCCAAGUCUACAUUGACAAAUGGGACUAGAACAAUACAGUGGUGCUGUGGACCUUUGGCUGUUCAGUCAGAAGUCCUGUAUUGGGUGUAAAGUUACUGAGUUACCGUCUGGUGCUUCUUUGUGUUUCUUUUCGUUUUGUCAUCUCCACCUACUGUUUACAUUUUUAUCUCUGGUAAACCACGGACGGGACUGGAGACACCUGGUACGCUCGAAGUGGAGCAGCAACACUUGCCAAGAUGACACCAUGUCUUAGAGUACAUGAGUUUCAAAGGAUAAAAGGUUUAAAUGGUUAACACUGGUUCUGAUUGGCGUUCGGGGCAAAAAGCUUCCCAGUUCUUCCAUCAAACCCCCCCUCCCCCGAAAAAAAACAGGUUCUGGCUAUUUAAGUUUCCAGGGAUCGUCGAUCCAGGGAGGUAAUAUUAAGUGAAGAACAAAUAUCGGACAGAUUUGAACAUCUCGUUCAGAAUCGAGACUCAAAUCCCAUUUGUGUCUACGCUGUAACUGUACCACCCAGUUGUAGUAAGUUAUACACUCGCCGGACAGUUUAUUAGGAACACCCAGACAACCACCCGCUGUUUUUAAUGCAGCUAUCUAAACAUCUCCAGGGGCGCCAGAUGGGCCGGUUUGAGUAUUUCAGAAACGUCUGAUCUCCUGGGGUUUUCACACACAACAGUCUCUCGAGCGACUGAAAGAGCGACGGUUCCGUGGGUGGAAACCAACGCCUUGUUGAGAGUAAAAUGGUUUGAGCUUUUUUUUUUUUUUUUGGCCAGGAAGGAUAUCGUAACUCUUUACAACCGUGGUGAGCAGAAAAGCAUCUCGUCACGCAACAGAACACAUUGGGUUCCUAUUCCUAUUAAAGUGGCCGGCGAGUGUAAUACGACCCCUGACCUCAGCACUUUCGGAUCUUGACCAUGCUUUUGUAUAUAAACAGUAAGCUGGUUCUGCGUGUCCUAUUCAGAAUUCGGGGACGAUAAAUUUAAUUAGCGGAAAACAAAAGCAUUUGGCAAUCACAAACCCUGACAGUCGCCGGGUUUCCGUCGUAGUUUUGCGCAGAACAGAAGCGACGUUCGAAAAACAAAAAUUUCACGACUCACGUUCUGCGAUGAGUGAGUUUUCUCGUUUCGCGAUAGCUCUUGCACAGCAAAAGGUAGCAUUUUCCAUUCGCUCUUCCGAUCACGUGACGCAAACGCGACAAAUGUCUCCGUUUCAAUUUUGCGAAAGACGGCUUGAUCGAAUCGUCGGGAAAUGCGAUACUGUUUGAGUUUCGUUCAAAAUUCACGUUUCCAGUCCUUUUUUUUUGCGAUUUCAAAUUGCGCACUAAACAGAUGAACACAAACAUAGCCAGUGUUGAAACAAGGUGAACGUGAUCAAGAGUACAGUGGCGAUUAAAGUGGACCAAACAGGAUUUUCAGCGACUUAAUCCCCAGCUGUGAAUUUUGUAUCACUUUUUAAGCGUUAAAGAGGUGAUCUGCCUUCUGCGGUGGACACGACGGCAAAACCAACCAGUUCAAACUUUAUUCGGACAUUCCAGGCAUCAGGUGUGAUGGUUAUUACUGUGCUGCACGUCGGAGUAGGGACACGUUCGUUUUGUACGUACGGAUUCAUCCGAGGUAAUAAACUGCUGUCGUAAUAACAAACGUUACACGCCUCGACUCGGCGUCAGGACUCGUGAACGCCGUUUGAUGGACACUUUUAACGGAAAUACGACUCUUCGGUUCUUAUUUCUAGCUUUAUGGUUUGGUUUGUCUGUUUAAUUAGUUAAAAAUAAUCGUGUACUCACGGCACUGAAUUCGUUCACAGUGUAAGCAUGCGGUGAAAACAUUUCAAAAAAUAUUCUCAAGAAGCAUUUUGGUUUUGGGUUUUGCAGAAAUCAGUAUCUGUGCUGAACUAGUCAAAGAAAGUGCGAGUUGAGAAUGAAAAUCUUUUGAAAACACUGUAAAAAAAAAAAAUUAGGUGGAAUUUUUCUUUCUUUUAGUCUUUUUUUUAAUGUACCCUUCCUUGUGCUUCCUCAUCUGCAGGGUUUUUUUUCUCUUUUUUUUUUUGGAAAGACCACAACGCAGAAAUUUGGACCUAACCAGAAAACAAACAACAACAACAACAACAACGACUCCCUUUUUAUGAAACGUUUUCACACUGGUGCUUUGCUUCCUCCUUUCCCAGUGUUUUACGAAAUAUACUUCCAUUACAUCGCUCAAUCUCUGUUCUGUUCUGUUCUGUUCUGUUACAUGGUUUCUCUAACAAGGUCAACGUGCUUCUGAUCUUCAAAUGUCUUCCCGUGAGAAGCACGUUUAGACAGUAAUUUAUCAGUCAUGCUUGCUAUCAGUAGGCAGGACAGUACUGUGCAAAAGUCUUGGGCACAUCAUGUAACGAAGUCCUGUCGACCAAAAAUGACUUCAGAAAUAAUGCAAUGAAAUGUUUCAACAUUGAAAAAUAAUAAACAGUAAGCCGUAAUAAAUCAAUAUAACAAAGUCAGCAUUUGGCGUGAAACGAAAUUCCCUUUGCUUUAAAAAAAAAAGUCUCACGUCCUAACGAGUGCCAGUUUUAUGCGGAAAUGAGCUGUAGGUUUUACCGAGCAUCUUCCAGAACCAGCCACGGUUCUUCUGGACACUUUGACUGUCACGCUCGCUUCUUCAUGUAGCACCAAAAACCCAGUAGCCUUCAUUAUGGUUUCUUUUUUAAUCUGAAAAAAAAGAGUGGAAUACGGGAACUCCCUAAAGUGAAUGACGCAUGAAAUGGAAUGACA